AUGAUGAGCUCUCAAAGCCACGCGAACGUGCAUGUCUCGGCACUGCAGCCAUCACUAUCCCCGCAGUCCGUCACGCGCCGUGCCACCGUCGCUGACGAUGGUGAGCUGUGUCAUCACCGCACGUCGGGUGCUACCGUCGAGCGCGCGCUUACCACUGAAAAUCAGGUGGAUGUUCAGAUCCUCAAGAAAUUGUCGGCGUCGGUCUCACACUUUGAAGGGCGACGCAAAAACUUAUCCUUUGUUGUGUCGGUGGAGACACUGAUUCCUGGCCGACGUGCCUUUUCGGACGAGCGCGAGUCUUGCCAGCUAGUGGCACGAUCUUUUGACGACUUCCGACGCUUCCGGAAGUCUCUACUUGCCCGUGUCGGUAGCCUCCACGAUCCGACGCUGCUGUUUUCUCGACGAAGUGGCAAGUGUCGAUGCGAGGGCGUCGACGGUUGCCCCUUUGACGUCACCCGGAGCUUUCUCGAGCGACUGAAGUUUACACGAAUGCCUUUCCUGAGUCUUGGCGAGAGCGAGGUCGACCUGACCAAACGCCAGCAGGAGAUGGAUAACUUUCUUCACAUCAUCUUUGCCAUCCUGCACCGCAUGCAGCCCGGAUCGUGGCACCCGGAGUGCCGGUUUUUGCAAGAUGUUAUGGCCUUUUUGGAGGUUGAAGAGUCACUGUCUCAGCAGAUGGAGCUCCUACUGCGCUGCAAGAACCGUCAUAUGAACUUGGACGGGUGGAAGGCGCAUACUCUGGAGACUUUUGGCUCGGGUAUUGGUGUGUAA